UCUGUGGCGCAAUAUAGUAAUCGGUAAGAUUCUAAGACUCGUUAAACUUUAUUCUAAACUCAAACAAUGGAUUCUGAUGAAGAAACGGAUAAUGUACCAUCGUGGCGAGGUGUGCCUGGUUGCAUAGUGCUCAUCAAUAUCUACGAUCCUUCCAAAUACGGCACAGCAAAAGCCGCUCAUGCAGCAACUUGUUUGCUGAUCCGACAAAAUCUGAGAUUAGCAAACUCGAACCAUAUAGGUGUUUGUCUGUACGGCACAGAAGAUUCGAACUCCUCCGCUUUUGGAAUAAAAAGUGUCGUUGACGUUUGCCCAUUGAACACUCCUUCGCUGGAAGACUUCAAGAAACUCCGUAGUUUGGAAAUUAAAACUUUAAAGCAGGCAAAGGAAUUUAAAAUGUCGGAUGUAUUAUGGCACUGCAGCAAAAUGUUUGCAAACUGUAAGAAACUGCUUUCUUCGCGCACAGUAUUAAUUCUGUCAAGACUUCAUGAACCCCCCAUAGCUUCUGAUCAGAAACCCACUAUCAAAAGAGUGAAUGACUUAGUAGAUUCUAAUAUUGAAGUAAAGUUUGUGAAUAUCUCCCAACUCGAAUAUAAAAUAGACAAAUUCUAUGAAAACUUCUUAUUUGAAGCAAGUAAAGGGAAAGGUGUUAUUAUUCCGAAAAUUGUUUGGGAAUGUAAAGAAGUUGAGCAAUUAAUGUAUCAACAAACCGACAGGCAUCUUGCUGUUGCUAAGCUCAGCUUUGAAGUUGGUGAUGGGCUCUCAAUUGGAGUAGGAGUCUAUAACCUCAGUAAAACUCAUCAGUACCAAAAAACUACAGCUUUGCACAGGGCAGACAAUGCUAUAUUAACAAGUGUCACAAAGACUGUAAAAGUUACUCAAAGACCAGAUAACAGUGAAGCCAUGGAUGUUGAUGAUGAUGGAACUGUUCAAACUCCAUUGUUAAAAUCAGAAUUACUGUAUUAUCAGGAAUAUGGAGGAGAGAGAGUAGAAUUUACUGACAAUGAGAUGAAGUCAUUAAAAAAUCCAUUUGGCCCACCUAUGAUGAAACUACUGGGGUUCAAACCAUCACAUGUGCUUUGCAAAGAGAAGUGGUUUUUAAAGCCUUGUCAAUUCCUUUUCCCCAAUGAAAGUAUUAUAGAAGGCUCCACAGUAGCAUUUAAAGCUCUUCACCAAGCAUGCUUAGAGAUGUCCAUGGUGGCUAUUUGUGUUCUGUGCACCAGAGUCAAUUCUAAGCCAAAGAUUGUAGCACUGUCCCCAUGUUCAAAUCCCUUAGGGAAUGAUGUUGAAAUGGGCUUUGAUGUCAUUCAGCUCCCAUUCAUGGAAAAUGUAAGAGAAGUACCAAUCAUUAAUGAUGAUGAAGAUCGCAAAGUAUCCAGAGUUGACAAGUCUUUUAUGAAGGAUGUAUUAAAUACAGUAAAGUGUGACUACCAUCCCAAAAUGUUUGAAAAUCCGAAAACACAGGCUUUAAUGAGAGCUGUGGAAGCUGUUGCUCUGGAAGAGGAUGCUGUUGAACCAUUUGAAGAUACAACAAAGCCCAAGCCAAAGGUAUUUGAGGAUGUUAAAGCUGACUUAUUUGAAGAAAUCUUUGGGCCAUUUGACCCUCAGGCAAAUAAAAGAUAUGGGCCGUCUAGCUCUGGACCUGCAGCCAAGAAAGCAAGAUUGGAGGGCAUGGAUGCAGAAGCCAUAUUGAACCAUCGGUUAAGGAAUAAAGAAGUGCAGGACUAUACAGUUAAAGAAUUAAGGGAAUUAUUGAAGUCUAAAAAUACACUAUCCAUAACUGGUAUGAAGAAAACUGAGCUUGUUGAUUUAGUAUAUCAGUUUUAUUCUGAUGAUUGAUUAUUAAGAGUUUGUUUUGUUGAUCAAAAUUAUCUUGUAAUAAAACUGUACAAUUAUGCAA